AUGGAGUCGAUACCGAAAGAUGAAAUAUUUGAGUUCAAUAAUGACACCCUACAAUAUCUUCGAAAACAAUAUAACUUAGAUAAAACAGGCAGAAUUGACGAAGCUAUCAACAUUUUGGAGGAAUGGAUUAAAAAACAAAGCCAUUUUUUAAAAAAGGAGUAUCCGAGGGAUUAUUUAGAAAGAACAAUAAUCAUAAGCAAAGGAUCGGUGGAAAGAGCUAAAAUGAAGUUGGACAAAAUAUGCACAUUUAGAACACUAUAUCCGAAUUUCUUCGGAGUUCAUGACGUUACGAACAAUGAGAUCCUUGAAGAUUUAUAUGGAGUAUAUCUACCAAAACUAACACAGGAUAAUUACAGAGUUUAUUUCUUGAAAAACAAAGCUGAACGUUUUAAUACAGGAUUUAUGGACUUCUAUAGAUAUUUUAUUAUGCAAUGCGAGUAUCUUCAAGCUCACGACUAUUGUAACGGUCUAGUAAUAGUGAUAGACUACACUGAGGCUAACAUGUUGGAAACCAUUAAAUGGUUCAACCUAGUUGAUUUGAAGGAGCUGCUAACAAUUUUGAAGGAGGGAUAUGGUCUACGGCUUAAGAGUUUGCACUUUUUAUCAGAUUCUAAAGCGGUUGAAACGAUUGUAAGUUUAUUCAAACAAGUACUGAGCGCCAAAUUACGUGAUCGUGUCAACGUUCACAGAACAUCGGAAUCGUUACAUGAAUAUAUUCCCAAGGAAAUUUUGCCAGUAGAAUACAAGGGCAAGGAAAAAUCGUUGCUUGAACUUCACAAACAUUUCAAAGAAGUGCUUUCAUCCAACGAGUUCAGUGACUAUUUACGAGAGAUGAGCAAAGCUUGUACAGACGAAACCUUGAGACAAACGGACAAUCCUGAUGUUCAUAGUUUAAGUGUGCAAGGAACAUUCAGAACAUUGAGCGUUGAUUAGAGAUGGUAGUAGAUGGUGCCAAAACAUGUAAUUGUAUUUGUAACGGUUAUGGAUAAAUUCUCUUGUUGAUGGAAAUUUAAAUAAAAUUAUUAUAUAGAAUCAAA